UCCUGUAAUCGCUUACACACGUGUGCUUCCAAACUCUGCUCAGGUUGUCGCUUCUUACGGUCUGUAAAUAACAUAUGUAUUGAUUAUUUGUGGUCACACAGUCAUAUAAUUUUGACAAUAUGUCGACAAGUGAGAAAAUAACACCAAACGAAGGACUGAGCGCCGAAGAGGACGAGUUGCCUCCUCCCAUUGUGACUCGGACUCGUAGCGGGCGCAGAGUACGGACCCCAGCUGUGUAUCUUGACUCUGAAGUACCGAAGACUCCAACACGCCGAACAAGGAAAUCUGUCAUUCAAGAGUUACCGAAUGAGAACGCAGAGAACCAGACGGAACCCGAACCAGAGGUUGUAGUCGUGGAACCAGUUGCCGACGAGACUCGUGCGAAAAAACUUCCAAGCAGUGAGUCCAAAUCAAAUGCAUUGGCAACAGCUGAAGCAUGUCCAAAACUGGUCAAAUCAGACACACCUGUAGGGAAAUCAUUAGGUGCAGUUAUUCCAGCUGUGUCACAUCAUUGCAACGAGAAGGAAAACAAGGUUGGUCCCGUACCAAUGGAGACUGUUCCGCACCGCCCAAAUAAAACGGCCAAAAAGAGGACUCGUUCAGAGUCAAAUGAGAAACUUGACGUGAUACCUUUGGGUAAACCGAAAUCCGGACGGGUAUGGAAGGACCGCAACAAGCAAAGGUUCUCGGCUGUUGUAAGAGAUAAGCAACUGUGCUCCUCCUGGGAGAAGAAGAUGGAGGCCAAGCGAGAGAAGGCGCUGGUGAAGAAAUAUUCCCUGCAACUGAAGGAGGACAAGGCCAGGGAGAAAGAGGAAAAGAGGAAGAGGCAUGAGGAGAAUUUGAAAAGGCGAGCUGAGAACGAGAGGAAGGGGGAGGUUGUGCAAGUGAUCCGGAACACAGCAAAGAUCAAGAGGAUGAAGAAGAAACAGCUGAGGAAGAUUGAGAAGAGGGACACACUUGCUAUGCUGCAGAAAUCACAGCCCAGGAACCCAAAAGCUGCACGGAAAGGUGGCAAAGUGGACAAGUAGAGGGUGUGCACUUGGUUGACUGAUGGGACGUUCAUAUCUACAGCUGUGUUGAGAACUACCCUCUAGGCACUUCAUGUAGAUAUGAGAGAACCAGUCAGAAAAGGGGCUUGCUCUGUCCGCUCCACGCAUCGACACGGUAUUGCAGUUCCUCCAGGAUGAAGGCAUUUGAUCUCUCUCUCAAUAGCCUAGGUGGAAUUUUCAUCAUAUUGCUUAAUCCAAUCCUUUUCAGAUCUACACAGUGCCUAGGGGGUAGGGCCAACAUGGCUAUGCUAGCUGUGUGUGAGGCUGCUGGAACUGGAGAGCAUGAGCAGCAAACCCUUUCAAAACAAAUAACCGUCUGUGGAGCAUAGCAGAUGCAAAAAGUGACAUGGGCUGGAAGAAUUCUUUACUUGAACUCUUACUGUGUUUACUGUCGUAAUGCAAUGUUCCAUUAAACAAAGCAAAUUGUUAUACCAGUGGGUCUCCCAACCUUUUCUUCUGAGUGGUCCACUAGAUCACCAUUGCAAGCUUUUUGCCCACUUUAGUGUGUUGCAUUAAAGGAAUAAUGACACUAUAAAGCAAGUGUGCACUUCUCCAGUCAGGCUUUAUUACAUCACCCUGCGAUGCUGUUAUACUCAGCGCACUGACCAAGAUCCAUAAGAGAAUGAAUGAACUUAAAGAUGGGGAACUACAACAAAUGGGAAGACAGUGAAAGGAAACUCAAAAUGAACUUAAGACAAGUCCAGUAAAUUAGUUGUAGAACACCUGACAAUGAUAUUUUUUUUACAACUGGUGUCUUACAGCAGUGUAACUGGAUCAAACGUAUUCUACAAAGUGAGUGUGUACGGGGCCAGGGAGUAGGAGAAAACAAAGUAAUCAAACAAGUUAGUUGACUUACAAUUAAUGGAGAAACAGUCAUGUUCUAUUUUACAGAAACCAAUGGGAGUUCUCUCUGACCUUAAACACAAUCACCAUACUUAGAUCUAACUAUUCAAUAUUAUUAACACUAAAUUAUUACUUUGAUAUAUAUAUACACAAAUAUUAGCAAUGUUGUUUCGCUUUGUAUUCUGUUUUUUUCCUCGGUCUCAGAAACAUUUUGUAAGUACACUUGAAAAUAAAAUGUGAAUUCUUA